GAAUGUUACCGCUAGAGGAAGAUAGUUGAAACACGUCACCGGUGAUGACAUAGAUACGUCAGGUUAUUUUCUGCAAUGUUUUGCCUUUUGUGAUUGUUUGGAGUUACUUUAGUAACCUAAGAAAACUCCUCUCCUGGUUGCAGUGCCUAUAUUUAUUAUUUUUUUAUCACUGACCCGAAUCACUGGAUCAUUAAAUCUCUGGUUGGAUGAACAGCUGACGAGUAACCAAUGUUUUUGAAUUAGCAGAAAAUGCUAAAAUCAUUGUCGGGUUUGCAGAGUGUCAAUUUACCUAAGGAAAAACUAUAACUCAAUACAUCUGUGUUUUUGCUGUGCCAAGUUUUUAUAAUAAAUCAUUGAUAAUGGAGGAUAUGCAAGAAGAAGCCCAGUUUGUUGUGGACGAUGUCAGUCGCAUAAUCAAAGAAGCUAUUGAAGUGGCAAUUGGUGGAAAUGCGUAUACUCAUAGUAAAGUGAAUCAGUGGACUUCUAACGUGGUGGAGACAUGUCUAGGCCAAUUAACCAAAUUACAAAAACCUUAUAAAUAUAUUGUCACCUGUACAAUUAUGCAAAAAAAUGGAGCUGGUCUGCAUACGGCGAGUUCGUGUUAUUGGGAUAAUGCAACAGAUGGAAGUUGCACAGUACGCUGGGAAAAUAAAACAAUGUACUGCAUCGUGUCAGUUUUUGGCCUCUCGAUUUGAAUAUUUGAACUUUUAUUGGAAGUUACCAAAUUAUAAGUGUACACAUUCUUGAGUUAAUUCUUUUUUUUGUAAAAUUUUGUACUAAUUAUUGAAUUACAAGUAUUAUGCACAAUGAAAAAAGUAAAAGUGUAUCAAUUUGAACAAAAUGCUUUGCCACGUCGAGUAGACGCUCUGCAAUGCAAUAAUAUUAUUGACCAGAGUUAUGUUGAAUGCGCUUCGAACAUCAGACAAUUGUAUUUGUAAUUUUUUAAAUAAUUUUUACCACGAUGUAAUAUAAUCACACUAAAUUGUAAUUAACUUUAAUUUCAUUUUUGAAAUUAUAAUGUAAUUAAAUCAUUUCGUACUCUAAUAUAAUUUAUAAUUAU